UGACGAAACGGCAGGAGCGAAACGUUUAUGUCAUGCUUAUGUUAUGGUGUGAUAAGUGAUUACUUAUAUUUUAUUAUCAGAUAAAAACAAACUUAAUCAAAUUUAGUAAUUUCACAAUAACUCGUAAUACAAUUUCAUAUUCUGAUCAAUAAACCUUAAAGUUCAAUAUUUCACCAAACUGAGAGAGAUCGACAUGCUGAACCAAACCGUUUAUUUUUGUAGAAACUCUAUAAUGAGAAAUACACAUUUACUUAUUUCCAAAACUCGCAAUUAUGCUCAAGUCAGUAAUACUAAAAAUGUUCCAGAUUCUAAUAUAAAUUUAAUGAGAAACCGUCUGAUAUAUCAAUCUAGGAAAAGAGGCACAUUAGAAAAUUGUAUAAUAUUUACUACAUUUGCCGAUAGGUAUUUGAAGACAUUUGAUCAAGCUCAAUUACAAAAAUAUGAUGCACUGAUCAAUAGCAGGUUCGAUGAAUGGGAGUUAUAUGCUUGGGCUAUUGGAUCUAAACCUGCACCACAAGAAUUUGACAAUGAAAUAAUGAGUCUUUUGAAAAACCACAUUAAUAGAAAUUAUAGUAAUAAAAAAUAAUAUAUAAUUUAUAAUAUUAUGUUAAAUUAUGUUAAUUAUGUAAACUAGUAUUAAAUCUGUUGUGUGGUCAUAACAGUAUAUUUUAAGGCAUCCCUAAACUAUAUAAAUCAUAAUUAUAUUUUAUUAAAGUAUUAGAUAUGUUCAGAUGCAAAUACAAGGGGAUACUAUGGGGGCUGAAGUCCCCCUUAGAUAAUAGAUAGAACCAUAUCAGACAUAAGAGAUACUUUGUUCAAAUUGACAUGCACAACAAAUUAUGGCACUAAUUCACUUUACUAGCUCUCCCCUUUUUUAAUUUCUAGAUCCUCCCUGGGCUUGUACAUUAGUUAUAUUGUUUUGUUUAUGAAUUAAUUAAAUGUUUAUACAUAUAUAUUAA